CACAUUAUAUUGUUAGUACUGGAAGCCACACGUUAAAAUAGGGAUUGUGUCACUGUCAUUAUGGAAUAUUUACAUGUGGCUUCCAUGGUAACUGCUCUUGUCAGCAUGGUACAAUAUCAGGAAAUUACUUGUUGGGACAAUAUUCCACGAUCAGUGUACAACAUGUCAUGUAUGCCAUUGUGUAAACGCGCACAUAGCCGCUCCACUACUGCGUUGAACCCAGUGCUAGCCCUCUGAAUCUGAUUUUUUUUGGCUCGGAACGUUUGUGUCUCAAGGACUUUCGUCUUGCACCGGCGAGGAGACUGAUGGACGUGUUUAGGGCCACACGUGCUGAUGGACAGUGUCCGAGCUGAGAAGAGAAUUGUGAAGCUUGAGUAAAGAAAUAGACACGCACUGAGUAUCAUGUCUGCUCAGGAGCACUUGCUGGGUGCUCUGAAGAAGGAUGUGCGAUCUCUGCUCAUCUCUGCCAAGACUGGCCUGACUCCCCAGCAGCUGCAGAAAGACUACAUGACGAUGAUGGGUCACAGGCUCCCGCUGCACACUCUGGGGUACCGCUCGGUCAUGGACAUGGUGCAGGACCUGCCGGACGUGGUGCAGGUGCAGUGUGCAGGAGACGGGUCAGUGCUGCUCAAAGCUAUCGGAGAUGAAAGCACCAGGGGCAUGGAGGAGCUGGUGUCCAAACAGAGGAGCAACAAGAGGCGCUCGGCCAUAAACAGCCAGCGCAGUGCGCCGAUUCACUCCAUGCUCCCCCUGCACCGGCGGAGACACGUGCCCCCUUCCCUCCCAGCCCCCCUUCGCAGCGAGCUGAAGAAGUUGCUGUCCUCCUCACCGGUCCUGCUGUGCCAGCUCGAGCGCUCCUUCUCUCAGCGCUUCGGCCGGCCCCUGCAGAUCCAUCACUAUGGCUUCUACUCUGUGGCGGAGCUGCUGAGUGCGGCAGGGGACAUGAUCACAGUGCAGCAGACCCGAGCAGGCUCCCUACUCGUACUGAAGAGACAGGACUACCCGGCCAGGAGCAGGGCUCUGCAGUGCUCCACAGGUCAUGUGAAAAAGAGCCCCAAUAAAGUUAUUCAACAUGUGUUUGAAUCUGCCCUCCUAUCUGAUGACGUUAAGAAACCUUCCCCUUCAAACCUGGUGAAGCAAAUUCCACAAUCCAACUGCCUAAAACAUCCACAGGCCCCUCCCAAGAAGGAGGAGACCAUCACAGUCAAGAAGCAGCUGUCUCCAGAAGAGAUUGAAUUUGAAAAGUGUAUAAAGAAGUUGGAAGAAGAGCUGAAGACCAAAAUCCUGGACAGUGGGCCAGCAGGGACUGUCAGCCCCGAGCUGAAGGAGAAGAUUCGACAGGUAGUCUCUCAAAAGCCAGAAGGUUUAUUAGUGAAGAACCUGCCUGAGGAGUUCAAGAAAUUGUUCAAAGAGGACCUGCCUGUGAACCAGAGCGGGUUCCUGAGUGUCACGGACUUGGUGAGUGCUCUGAGUGACACUCUGUAUGUAGACCAGGGGGAGGCUGACGUGAACACCAACUGGAUCGUGUUCGAUGCACAGCAGAAACAGGCUCAGCAGAGGAAGAAAGAUUUGUCAGAGACCCAAGCCCCUGAGUUAUCGCAGCCCUUGAAUCCCUCAGACAGGAGCUACUUCUUCCACUGUGACGUUUCUAAAUGGGAGAGCGGGGACUUGGAGGAGGAGCAGGCAAAUAAACUGCAGUACGACAGUGAGCUCAAAGUGGUGACCGAGAAGUUCCAGCAGUCCUUGGAGAUGUACGAGCCCAUCCUAUCCCAGCUGGAAGCCCGGUUGGAAGUCCCUCCUGACGCGAUCCAGAACGAACGCUUGCAGCUGGUGGCAGAGAAGAAGGAGAAGGCAUUUGUGUCUGUGCUGGUGGAGAGCGUCAUUUCCCCCAGCCAGUUCUACAUCCGCUUCUGUGGGACUGAAGAAGCAAAGGUGCUGGAGAACAUAAUGAUUGAAAUGAGAGGCUGUUAUUCCUUCUCGGAGGUGUCGGAGCGCUAUCGGCUGCCAGCCAUCUAUAUCCGUGCUGGGCAGGUGUGCUGUGUGAGCCCAGGAGGGAUCUGGUUCUACCGAGUCAUCAUCCACCGCGUGGUGAACGAGACGGAGGUAGAGGUUUACUACGUGGACUUCGGGAACCUGGGCUUCGUGGAAAAGAGCAGCCUCAAGUUUCUCAAGUCCUGCUAUUCAAAGCUUCCUGCUCAGGCGGUGCCAUCCAUUCUGACGUGGAUAAAACCGUUUAAGGGUGUCUGGAGUGAGAAGGCAGUAAGCCAAUUUCAGAAGCUGUGCUGCGCUAAGCCGAUGGUGGCUGUGAUCCACAAGUAUGUGGAGGGAAUCCUGCACCUCUUCCUGUGUGAUACCUACACAGAUGCGGAUAUCUACAUUCACUGCGUCCUGCAGAUCCAGGGCUACGCUGUGCCCUGCAGUAUAAGCGACAUCGGCCAGCCCUUUGGAGAGUUCAACCCAGUUGCUCUGUAUCUGAAGUGGCAGACAGACCUGCCAAACCCUGUAACAGAAGAGGAGAAGACGAAGAAACAGGCCCCGCUGUCUGGCAGAGAUGCUGACAGGAUGCUGUACCUGGAGCCCACCCCGGUCAGAGCGGAUUGCUGGGAGAGAGAGAUGGACUUCAGUGACCUCCCAGAGCUGGAAUUCGAGGGCAAUCUGGAGGACAGCUUGCAGGAGCAGCCAGCAGAAAGGUCCAAUCCCUUCUCGGCUCUUCUGCAGUCGGAGUCAGUGCCUACUACAGUCUGGGAUGAGGACUGGGGACAGAGGAGCCCGAUGAAAACCAAGACAGCGUCCUGCAGGGAGGCCCUCUGGGCUCAGAGCAGGGACCUGCGGGCACCGAGUCCACAGCAGACAGUACCUGUGCUGAAUAAACCAGACUCCUUCCCAGACCCCCAGGAUGAGAGGUACAUGACCCUGUCCCACUGCCAGCCAGUAGCAGAAGGCACUGCCGCCUCUCCAGCCUGCCUCGUUCCUGAAGAAGCUCCACAAGUCUGUGUCCAGGCCGGGGAGCUUGAGAACAAAGGAGAGCUCUCCUCAACGCCUGACCUUCAGGUGAAGAGGGAUUCCGUGCCACUAGCUGUCCAGACUCAGCGCUUAGCCAGGCUGCUGUUCCCUCUGAGCAGAAACACAUUCUGUGUGCCCCAGACCUCUGCAUCAUCCGUGCUGGGACCAGCAGCUCGACUAGCUACAGCCACCCAGCUCGUGGAGUGGUUUUCAUACAAGAAAGUGUAGCAGCUGCUGCUGCUGUCUGGAUUGCUGCAUGAGAAGCACUGACUCUAUAUUGCUGUGCGAGUGAGGGCAGGGAUGGCUAGUGCUGACAGAGGCAAUAAAUGUUAAAUAAAGGUUUUAUUACAGUUACUUUUAUUUUUAUUUUCUAUGCUUUUUUUUUUUUUUGGUUUGGUCUUACUGCUGUGAUUUUUAAAGGGAAUUUGACGUUUUCUUUUUUCAUAGUGUGACCAGACAAAACAGGAAGCUAAUUCCCGCUUGCAUCCAAUUUUCUGUUGUUGUUCAUAUAAAAUAAAAUCAAAAACUAUUUAUACCCCAGUGAUCCUGGAGACCAAGCAGUCUUCAGAUUUUGAAAACCCUGAUAAAAUUGCCCUGUGUGUUGUGUUUGACACCCCUGAUGUUGCUAGCACUAGCAGCAUUAUUGAAAGAGCGCUUACAAAGGCUCCUUUUAAAUACAUAUCCUUACCUCUUACUGUCACUGCCUCCCUUUACAGGAUUGCUAACCAAGACCUAUUUAAAUCCAUUUCUUACCUCUUAUUUAUCACUGGCCCUUUAAAGGAACAGGAUCACCCUGAACAGAGUACACCUCCCCUCCAAAACCAAACUGAAUUGAAUUGAAUUAAACUCAAUUUUCUGCGGGACCCCAGUAGCUCACCUAGUAAAGGCACUGACAAGUUAAGUGUAGGUAGAGUCAUGUGAUCUUUUCUAGAACUUACACUAAGAGCUGUAUUGGCCUUCCAUUCCAGGAGGACAGAUAGCUGGGGUUGUGUUGCAUUGUGAAGCGUAGUCCUUAAUCAUGUUUUUUCGUAAUAUAGUUGGGUUCAGUUGUUUUUGAUUAAGUUUUGGAUUUGGAUUAAGUGUCUUGGGGUGUUUGCGCUUACAUUUAUUCCACAUGCUGAAUAUAUAACGAAUUUCUCCCGAACCUCAAAAAAUGUAAGCUUUUCUUCGGGUUCUGGUUACAGGACUGGCUUCCACUGUCUUUCAUUGGCUACAGUUCUCUCCCUUUGCCUCUGAUUGGUUCACAGUGCGCACCCUUUGCCUUUGAUUGGCUUACAGCUGUCUUGUCUCUUAGCUGGUCUGGGUUCCAAACAAAUAAAAUUAAUGGGAUCACCCUGAACAGAAUACCCCUCCCUCUAAAACCAACCUCAAUUGAAUUCCUAAUAUUGGACCGCUCCCCUAAUCCAGUACCCAAUACACAGUAUUCAAUAUCACUAGACUUCAAAAUCCUUGUAUCCAUUGUGCCGGUUGGUGAUUUAUAAAGCCCUGCAGUGUAGCUUUUAAAACAUUCACACUGCUACUACAGUGGUCAGCUCCAGGAAGUGGGGGGAUACCAGUAAGAAGCUGUGUAAGCAGUCAGGGGUUGGAAGCUAGUGCUGUCAGUACUAAUAACAGGCUAGAACAUUGAUUUUAUAAGCUUGGGUUAGAAAUCCUUUAAAGAGGGACAGUGAUAAUGUUGUGGGUAUGAAUCAGAGGUAAGAAAAUGUAUUUUAACACUAAUAAGACCAGUAUAACUAAGAUUUAAAUUGAAUAAUUAUGGACAGCGCAUUACAACAUCUUUUAAAAAUCACACAUCAAGAAACUAUGAUAACUGCAGUUACCUAUGCUAACACUGCAUACAAUACCAGAAAACACCCCCCCCAAAAAAAACCCACGUUAUUUUUAUCACAGUUGUUUGUUUUGUUAUUUGGUAAAUUAUAAAAGGCUCUAAGAGUAAACACAGACAUUAAUUAAAAAAGUGUAAACAUUUCUGGAUGAUUUGAAAACAAUUAUUUUUAGUUCAAACAAUUUUAAUUCCACCAGGUUUGUGUUUUUUUUGUUUGGUAGUUUUUCAAUAACACUCUGUGUAUGGGCUAUGGAUAUUGAAACUUGCUGUAAUAGUCUCUGAAUACUUGUUUGUGCCACAGUAAACUGUGAUGUGUUUUAUUUGAGCUAGUUAUAUCUCACUUGUUUUUGUGACAGGUGCCUCUUGUGUAUAUCAUUCUGAAGCUUUAUCAUUUGUUUUGAAUUGACAUGGGUCAAGUCAUUAGUUUAUCUCUGAAUGUAUCAGUUAUAGUUUAAAUAGUUCUGUAAAUGAUUAUGCCUUUUCAGAAUUAAUGAAAGGUUGACAAACUUGAAUAUCUUCAUAGCAACAGAUAAUUCACUAAGCCCACACCUGCUUACUUCAAAGGAAUAAAUAUGAUUUAAAAAAACAGAGUACUUGAUUAAUCUUGUUUUUGAUACCU